CUUGUUAAACCCCCCCUCCCGCUGCCGCUCGCACACCGCGGCGCGCGCGGAGAAAAUCCUACAGCUGCGCUCUCCACCCGCCACUCGCCGGCGUCGUCGCGGGCCAAACAAUACGAGGAAUCUCGUAUCGUGCACGCGCACCGAGCUCGGAAUUGCCCUCCCUAGGAGGCUAGGAUCGAGCAGGGAGUUCCCCCCCGCGCGCGCGCCUCACGGGCGGCACGUGAGCGCUCCACGGGCCCCGGCUGGCGCACCACUUGGCCACGCACGGGGCACGGCGGUCGUUGCGUGAUUGAGGGGGAACUGACUUGGCCAUGGAGCAGGAGGAGGGGAGGAGGAAGAAGGAACCGGCGGUGGUGGUUGUGCUGGAGUGCGUGGCAGGGAGCUCCAAGGCGGAGGAGUGGGGCGGCGGCGGGGACGUGGUCCAGGAAGGGGACGUGGUGGAGGCGGUCCGGGUGGGGCUGGGCUCCGGGGCCGAGUCGUUGGACCCGCCGUUCAAGGGCGGGCGGGCCGGGCUCCACAAGGCGCUUCACAAGGCGUUCAAGCGCGGGGACACCUCCGUCGAGGUGCGGGUCCGGGGCGGCAGGGGCCUGCAGGCGUGCAUCCUGCCGCACCCCGGCGGCGGCAGGAAGCAGUACGUGCUCCGGUCGCUGCACGACCCCAACUACGUCCUCGGCUUCGGCGAUCGCCUCGAGAGCGAGUGCCUCGUCUUGCAAGGCACAAGGGGCACAAGAGUUGCAUCAGCACUAAGCAAGGCACAACUUCAGGAUGGGUACGUUGCAUACCCAUGGGAGAAGAAGAUGCGUGAUUCGUUGCGCAUACCCAACUCCAGCUGCCACCUUUCGAUGCUCGUCCUCCCCAAGGCUCUGGACAUGAACGCAUGUCGAUACGAGUCCUUUGAAGACACAUUGGCUCGUGCCAGCGCAUGGCUCUACUCCUCUCAGGACUCAGGAAUCCCUGUUGAGUUCAUAAAUGUGCAGAGUGAAGCUCUUCUCACCAAGAUAUCUGGAGAGACCGCAUCUGCAACUGUCAAUUCAGGGUCAUUGUCUGAUAUGUCGAACCUCGUGAAUGCAACCCUCUAUGGUUUCGAGGAUUACCAUGGGGUCGACAUCGGUGUGGUGAAGGCAGCCCGACUUUGGUACAGCUCCACAGCAGGAGAAAUACCGCUAGAGAUCCUACUUCAGGAAGGUGACACGAGGCUAGGAUUUGCCGUCAGCCGAACCGAAGAGGGUUUUAUCUACAUAUCUUCAGUUGUCGAUGAUGAUGAAGACAACGAGGCACCAUCAACGCGGUCAGGGCUCCGUGAUCUAUUCAGGCGCGCGAAAGAGGCGUCAAAACUGCUGAUCAUAUCAAGGGUAUCCAAUGAGAAGGUCCUCCCCUGGAUGAUUUCCAGUUCAGGUGCAGUCCGUUGCUUUGACACCAUCUCCCUCAGCCAAAAGCUCUCCUUGCACCGCCUUGCAUUGCACCCCAUCCAGUUACAUCUGCUCAUGUGGGAGAAGCCUGUUGGUCUUGCGCAAAGUAUUAUAUUUCCUCCAAAACUGCCGCCACAGUUGUUGCUUCCUCAGGUACCCCAAAACAUCAUUGAGAGCAUUGAACCUCUAGAUGUUGAAGAGGAUUAUGUGGGGGAUCAGUCUUUUCGGUUUGUAGAUUCCCCAGUUAGCAGCUGGGUAUGAUUUCAGUUUUGAGCUUUGUCAAGCCGGCUCCCUGAUGUGCAUAUGAUGUAAUGUCUUCAUCUUCUCUAGUUUACAGUAUCCUCAGUUUGUUCUACAGAAGUUUCUAGGCCUGUCUGAAAAUAUUUUGGAAGCACUAUGUAAGCAGUCUUAUAGUCAAUAACUUUCAAGUGCACCUGGCAUGCUCCCGGUUCCAAAAACAAUAUUAUAAGUGGUGAAAUUUUUUGAAAAAAAAUUCUCACGUGUUAA